AUGAAUCAAUACAACUUUCAGCAGAACGCCUUCAUGUCUCGCGAGGAGAUGAUGGGAUUUGAUCGCAGCAGCAGCAAGGAGGAUCUUGUCGUUUGUCCUAAGCCUCAACGAGUGGCUAACCUAAUUCGCUGCCCUCUCAGAUUACAUAUGAGUCAAACUGCUGCUGCUGAUCUGUGUGAUGCUAAAGCUGGUGCAGAGCUUUUGGACAUCAUUCGUAGAAAGGACAAUGGAACAAUAGGGCAGUUAGUAUCAUCAUCCCCACCGUAUUUUCCCGGUUCACCUCCGAGUAGAGCAGCGAACCCAUUAGCUCAAGAUGCUCGCUUUCGUGAUGAGAAGGUUAAUCAACUCUCACCAAACUCUCCUUUCCUUCAGCUCAAUUCAUCAUCCGCCUUUCCUUCUCCAUCUCCAUCAUCAGCAUCUUCGUCGUCGUCUCGUGGAUGCGUUAGGAUGAAAUUUGGACUUAAACAACCAGCAGUUAGAGUAGAAGGGUUUGAUUGCUUGAACCGUGACCGUCAGAGCUCGAGCAUCCCUGCCAUGGCUUAG